AUGGAAGCUUAUUCGGACACAGAAACGGAGGAGUACAUAAACAAUUUCUCUUCGCCUACUAUGAAGGAGCCUCGACGGCAGAUCACACCGAUUAAUGUUGACCAAAAAUGUAUCCGUAAGGAUUUUAAUCAGUUCGUUCCUUCCGAUUCUGCACUGCAAAACGCAUUUCUGCAGCCAAAUUUAAUCAAUCAGAAUCAAGAUGAAUCGCGAAAGCAAACGGAAUCAUUACUGACUGAUGAUGUUUUCGAGAAUGUAGUGUAUGCGAACCAAGAUUCCAAUGACGGAACAAUCGUAAUCCAAUCGAUCAGUCAGCCAUCACCAAACGACACUGGUGCCAAUCAAGCUGUCAUCAUUGAAAGUUUGGCGAAUAUCGUCGUCACCCUUGCCCAGUUGAAAACUGGUUUGGAUUUUCUUAACACCAAAGUGGAGAAAAUUGAAUUUCUUUUAGAGUUUCGAGACAACGUUUCGCUUAUUACUACUGACGAAAAUUUCAAGCCAGUGGAUUCAAAAGAAACGCUGGAUGCUUUAGAAGCGAGCUUGGAUAACGAAAAAGUAAUGGCUAACUAUAUUAAAAAUAUGACUUACAUCUGUGGUUCAACUGGCAAGGAAAAUGGCCUCGAUUGUUGCUAUCUUUUAAUCGACCUGGUAAUGACACGGCAAUUUUUGACGCAGUGCUCUUGGACGGGAAUGUCCAGAGAUCAUACACCAUCGGAACAUACCGGAUCAGCGGAGUCUCAAAUGAAAGUUCCUUUUAUGGUUUACACUAAAGUGUGUAAACUGUUUCUAAGGCUGAUCUUGCAAGCUGACAGCGCGUUUACUUAAGUUAUGUGCGAUGUUUUUUUUUUUAAAGUACUGAAGAAUAGCAAGCAACGUUUGCUAUCGAAAACAGUUUCUAAGCACAAGAAUCGCCCAAAAAACCUACAAUAUAGUA